AUGGCCCUGGAGGCCAGGAGUCCCUGGGGGUGCUCUCCCCGGAGCCGGAAAGUGGCCGGCCCUGUGAGCGCCGAGCCCGGCCUUCCCUUCCUCCGCCCGCCUCAAGAUGGAGCUUGGACUCCUUGCCCCUGCGCCGCCCCAGGCGCCGCUCCCUCCUCGGCGCCCCUCUUCGCUCCCCUCAGUCCUGGGGCGGCGGGCCGGACCCCCGGGGGGCAGAGGCCCAGCGGGACCUGUUGCCCCGGCGGUCACCUGAGCCUUCCUCGGGCCCUUGGCAGCGGUGCCCGCGAGCCGGCAUGGAGGGCACCCUGGCCGUGGCCUCCGAGGCGGGCGCCGGCCGGCGGGCUGGCCUCGCUGGCCUGGGGCCCUGCCGGCCGUGGCUUUUGUCCCCCACCCCACCCCCUCGAAUGGGACCGUGAUUCUUGGAGAAGGUGGAUGA